CGCCUCCGGUCGCCGCCCGCCCUUCCGGGCGCCAUGGGGGCCGGCGGGCUGUGGGUGCGGGCGGCGCACACCGCCCUCAGCGGGGCCUUGGCGCUGGGGCUCUUCCUGCACCGCACAGAUCUGCAAAAGCAAGAGGAGCGGGGGGAGCUGCUGCAGCCGCUGAUCUUCGUCUUACUGGUGCUGUGCUCUGUCCUGCUGUACUUUAAGGUGUCUCUCAUGGAUCCGGGUUUUGUUAAGUCUGAAGAGGAAGCGGAGGCAGGCAAUAGUGAAGAACAAAGAAUGGUGACACCCCAAGUUCCAAGCAACAUUAAGAUGCGCCGUUGUGGCUACUGCAUGGUGAAGCAGCCAAUGCGAGCCAGGCACUGCCAGCUGUGCCAGCACUGCGUGCGGCGUUACGACCAUCACUGUCCCUGGAUUGAGAACUGCGUAGGAGAGAAGAAUCACCCCCUCUUCAUCGCCUACUUGAGUGUGCAGCUUGUGGUUCUGCUGUGGGGAGGUCACGUUGCUUGGUCAGGCCUCUACUUUGAACAGUCCUGGGACUGGCUGCAGCACAACAUUUUCCUCCUCAUGUCCUUCUUCCUGAUAGUCAUAUUCACCGUUGUUGUCCUGCUGCUGCUUAUUUCACACCUCUAUCUGAUCUCGUGCAACACCACCACCUGGGAAUUCAUGUCACACCAUCGCAUCUCCUACCUGCGACAGUCCGAGUUGGAGAAUCCCUUUGACCAAGGGGUAAUCCUCAAUCUCUGGAGAUUCUUCUGUUCGAGCCACCUCACUGCAUGGGAGAACAUCUGUUUCCAGAGGAACAGUGAGCCUGUCUAGUCACAGCAGUCCCUGCCCGGUGGAGCACCAACGCGGCGGCAGGUUGCUGGGUAAAGCUUUGCUGAUGCAGCUGCUGCUGCUUCCUCGCAUGGAACUUUCAUACAUCACAAACUAUGCAACCUGUUCCACAACCAGUUCACCCUGCAAACUACAUUUUGAGGAUAGUCAGGGUUAUUUUUUUUAUAUAUAGGAAUAACACUGUUAAAGGGGAGACGCUGGUUCCGGGAAGGCCAGCAGGGGUGACUUCUGGCCCGAGCAAAGGCAUCUCUAAAUUUGUUUCCUUUUGCUAAUUGCAUCCACAUCUCUCCACUCCAGUAACACUGUUGGUCAUCCUGCUACCUCAACAGACUUAGGAAAACUGUAAUAGAAGAACACAAAGUUUCAAUGCAAGAGGAAGGAUUCUAGGUCCGGUUUGUUUCAUUAGGAUUAGGGGGUGCCCAUAGCUUUCCAAGAUGGCAGCAAGCUUGUUUUCCAUUGCAAUGAAAAAGUCAUACUUUAAGUUUCCAUGAGGAACUAAAAGUAAGUUUGGGAUGACCACUUUUAGCUUUAAAAACAGAAAAGGCUGUGGUGUGGAUUUCAGUCCCAGCCCUUCUCAGAUUAAAAAAAACCAAAAACCACCAAACCCACCAAAAAACAGCACCACAACAAAACCUUAGUUAAAAUUGUUUUGUGCCUUAAUUGUUUUGGCUCAGGAAUUAACACCAGCUCAAGAGCACAUCUGGCUGGUAGGAUGCACUCAGGGAUUACAGUUGAUGAGCACUCACAAAGGGACAGUGUAGUCACUAAUACAGCAUCGUAGUCCAAAAAUGGCAGAAGGAUCCCUUUUUUGACCAACACCAGAGUUGGUAACCUGUCUCCAGUCUGGUUUGUUCAGGGCAGAAAAUCCUAUCAGAGGGAUAUCGGAACACUAAAAAUUGUUUUCAUAAAUUUUAUACCAUCCAGAAAGGAUUCUGCAGUUUGUUUGUGUCACCGUGGUGCCUGCUGAAGUAUGGCUCAUCUGCCUCUUCCCAAUUUCUGGUUCUUCAGGUAUCAGUCAAAGAAAAAUCUGUCAGCAGGUACUACAGCUCAAACCACACAGUUUUGCUCUGUUUGAUAAUUCUUUUUUAAAUGCACUGAGAUGAUAAUUUAGUCUUUUUACUUUACUAUAAAUUAUAAAUUAAAAGAUUAAACAUACGUUUUUGGUUCA